GGGAAGGGCCGCGCGGCGGGGAGUACGGAAUUCGCGGCCUUUCCAAGCGUGCAAAGGCAAACCGGCGGCCAAAUUUCGCUUUCACCCUCGAGGCGAGCCCCUCCGACACCCUCUCCUACUCUCUCGGCUAGCGCGGGCCAAGCGAACGGGAGGCGUAAAUCGAUUGCCUACCGGCGCAGUGCGCGUUUCCACCGCAGAGAGGCGCGCCGGUCGCGUCGCUCGUGCGCAUGCGCAGCACGACGUCACGUCGCGGCGCUGGCGGCGCCGGCGCGCCGGUCCCUCGCAUGUGUUUCGUUUCGUCUGCUCCUGCAGCGACCGCUGCAGACGACAGCAGAACGCGCGUGCGUAGUCUGCGAGCGUGGUCCAGGCCGUCUGUGUGCCUGCUGCUCGUUUCAUUUUCUUUUUGUCCCUGGCGCGCGCUUGUGUUUGCGGCGCAACGCGGUUUGUUUCACCUGACGACUGCGCCUCCUUUCCUCAGCUGUUACCGAUUCAGUGUUCCUUCACGUCGUUCUUUUUUUUUUUUUUUUCCGUGUGUGCCAACUUGUGAUAGUGCGUGGGUGUGCCCAUCGUCGGGUGUCGUAGGUGAUACAGACACCGCGGCGGCGCGAUCGUCGAGAUACAUCGAAAUCCCGUGGAUUUUACACGACGACGUAUAUGCCGAGGAGGGAGUAAAGAGAGAAACGAAAGAAAUGACGUAUCACCCGCCGUGUUGUUGCACGACGACGCGGCAGGGUCAUCGGCAGCGGAACGCGCCCUCGACCUCAACGCUGGAGCUCGGGGAAUCGCGGCACCAGACGACCACGCUAGGAUUUUGAUCGAACCUCUGACGGCUCGCUUCGCCACAUCCUGAGGAUGGACGGAUCGCUCUCUGACGAAUCUGAGAAUCUUGGCAACUUUCGCCGAUGGCGACCCUGCAAGAAGCGCCGGCGUAACUGCGGGCUGUCGCGGCCAGAGGGCUCUAGCAGCGGUGCUGGCACGGUCAUGAAGGCGGUCGCCAUGGAGACCGUCGAUGACACCGUGACCACGGAAGACCAGCUGGUGCCGCUGCAGGUCUUUGUGCCGGACCUUGUCAUUCAGAAAUGCUUCCACGUGCAGAAGGAGGAACUGAUAUGGGACAUCAAGCAGCAUAUCAUCUCGUCGCUGCCUAAGGAGGUGAAGGAAGGAUUCAAUUACGGUCUCUACUGCCCUCCAGUGAACGGCAAAGCCGGCAAGUUUUUGGACGAAGAGCGGCCCAUCGCUGACUACCCUCUCUCCGACGCUGUCGCCUAUCUAGAGUUACGCUACAAGCGGCGAGUCUACAAGAUGAUCAACGUGGAAGAGAAGCAAAUCAAGCAGCUGCACACGCGAGCCAACUUGCGUCGGAUGCUGGAUCACGUGACCAACUCGAACGUGGACAAGAUCAGCAAACUCUGCACCCGGGGCCUGGACCCGAACUUCCACUGUCCCGACACGGGAGCAGAGACCCCGUUGACGCUGGCCGCGGGCCUGAAGAGCCCGAGCAAGGUCAUCAUCGCGCUGGUCAACGGCGGGGCGCUGCUGGACUACCGCACCAAGGACGGCCGGACGGCGCUCCACCGGGCCGUCGAGAAGAACAACCUGGAGGCGCUCAAGACGCUCCUGGACCUGGGGGCGUCGCCCAACUACAAGGACGCCCGGGGACUGACGCCGCUCUACUACACGGUGCUGUGGAACGCCGACCCGCAGCUCGCCGAGACGCUGCUGCACGACCACGCUACGCUGGGGGUCGCUGAUCCGCAGGGCUGGCAAGAGGUGCACCAGGCGUGCAAGCACGGCCUGGUCCAGCACCUGGAGCAGCUUCUGUUCUACGGGGCGGACAUGAACGCGCGCAACGCUAGCGGCAACACACCGCUGCACGUGUGCGCCGUCAACGACCGGGAGAGCUGCGCAAGGGUGCUGCUGUUCCGGGGGGCCGACCCGGCCGCCCUCAACUACGCCAACCAGAACCCUUACCAGGUCGCCGUCAUCGCCGGGAACCUCGCCCUCGCCGACGUCAUCCGCAAUCACAAGCCCGAGGACGUCGUGCCAUACCGCGAACCGCCGACGUACAACCCUCGCCGGAGAGCCAGCAGCGCCGCCCUGAGUCGCACGCACAGCGACCCGAGGCUGGAGCUUGUGGUGCUGGGCGCCAAGCCGCCGUCGCCGUGCCCGUCCAAUCGGUCGCUGCCCCCGUUCUCAUCGGCCGCGUCCACCGCGUCCGAGGCCUCGUCCAUGGCCUCCUCGUCGCAUGCGAACGACUCCGAGGGCAGCUCGGGCACGGCGGCCUCGUCGGCCACCGACAAGAGCGCCACAAGCGAAUCGUCGGGUGUCUGUACGAGCAACAGCGCGCACAGCUGCGACUCGAGCACCGACAGUUCGGACACGCCCGAAGUGAUCACGGUGGGAACGACGUGCGUCUGUGUCUCCGAGUACCAGAGCCCGCUCCAGGGACACCUGUCUCUGAACUGCGGUGACAUUGUUCAAGUCACCGAGGUGAGUGAUACCGGCAUGCUGGAGGGACGGACACGAGAUGGCCGCCAGGGGAUGUUCCCCAGCGCCGCCGUCCAAGAGGUCAAGAUGAGGGGCAGUUCCUCGUCUCAGGGUCGUGUCAGAGGUCGCCGAGAGAUGCAAACCUCGUCUGGGGCUGCAACACUUCCGCGGCGAUGGCGAAUGUAUGGAGAGCCACGCACUGUUGUAUUGCACAGGAGCAAAAAAGGUUUCGGGUUUGUCCUAAGAGGAGCCAAAGCCACGAGUCCACUGAUGGAACGGCAGCCAACGGAAAACUGGCCGAGCUUGCAGUAUUUGGAUGACGUGGACCAAGGUGGAGUGGCCGACCUCGCCGGCCUAAAGAAAGGAGACUUCUUGCUCGAGAUCAACGGGCAAGACGUGUCCCAGGCGACGCACGAGUGCGUGGUGAACAUCAUCCUGCAGCAGGGCGACCUGAUCGCCAUGACGGUGCUCACGGUCGCCGGCACCGUGCCGGGCUCCUCCGCGGGCCCGCUCUGCCAGGGCUCCUCGUCCUCGGCGCCCUCGUCCGCGCCGGGCUCGGAGGCCGGCGUGCUGCCCUCGGUGCGGGGGGGCGGCAGCACCGUGACGCCCCCGAUGCUGCAGGCCAACGGUGCCGUGGCCGGCGGCUACCGUCAGUGCGCCACGCUGCCGCGCAAGCUGUCGGCCAAGAAGGCCCCAGCCCCUCCCAAGAGGGACCCCAAGACGACCCUCUCGGUGGGAAGGGCUAGGGCGAAGUCCAUGGUCGCAGGACUCACCGACAUCGAAGUCCUGGACCGGACGCUGAACGAAUACGACUCGGAGGGCCGCUCGACCAAGAGCAGUUCCAUCGAAAGCAUCCCGAAGCAGAACGGAGCCUCCUCCGCGCCCGCCGCCUCGAGCGGCGCAAGCGCUCCCGCGACUGCGACAGCAGCAGCGACGGCGGGCCCGGAGGCGCCCAAGACGGCCUCGAUCCGCAGCCGACCCGUCCGCAUGACGGCCGCCGAACUCGAAGAGUUCCUCACGCGCCAGAGCGCCGAGCGCAAGCCGCGCGUGUUCGGCAGCGUCGCCGCGAUGAAGCGGGCCGCCCGCGGGGCCGGGCCGACCAUCCUCAAGGACUUCAACAGCGAACCCGAGCUGAAUGCGGCCGAGACGGACCUCGCCCGGCGACGGAGCCGGAGCCAGGAGAACCUCGCCGUGUACGGCGAGUCCUGGCAGAAGAUGGAGGAGAUCUGGAAGAAACCCGCGACGCGCAUCUACGCUGAGACGAAGGCGACGGCCGCCGCUGCGAAGCAGCCGCCGCCACUUCCCAGCGGCGGCGGUGCCGCACCGCCUGCAGCAUCCCUGGCUCCGGUGUCAGCGGAGCAAGCUAGUCAGGGCUCGCGGAAACCCCCGCCGAGCCACCCGCCUCCGCCACCACCCGUGGGCCAAAUGCUGAAAGUCGAUGUGUCAAACGCGAUGGGCGACUACGCCAACGUGGACGGGAUACCGGACUCGAAGGUCAUGUCUAGCUUCAGGCCGGGAGACAGCGCCAAGCUCUACGCGUCUCCUGAGUCCCUGACGCACGUAGCGUACAAGACGAGUGCGGAGGCCCGCGGUGCGGCGCGUCCCGGAAGAACUCCGGCCGCUCCGCCGGGCUCCGGAACGCGGUCGCAGUCGCUGCCGCCCCGGAUUCAGAACAGGGAACCAUCGGAGACGCGCGAAAACGUGGUCUACUCCACGUUCAGGGUGGUGCAGCCAACGCCGGAGACGGGGACUCUGCGGGGAACAGGCAAGACUAAGAAGGUCAGAGGCCCAGCGGCAGUUCAGGAGGAACCGCCACCGCCUCCGGAGAAGCCGCCGUACAUUCCCGAGCCGGACUACGAUAGCACGGACGAAGAAGAGGAGCAGGUAUCCAGGACCCAGAAGUCGGGAGACAUGGGAACGUUCAAGGCAUCGUCCGCUGGCUCGAGACGUGACGAGGCACCUCCACCGCCCGAGAGGGCUCCGACAACAACUGCUACCAUGAUGACAGCAGUGCGCCACGAUUCAGACCCGAAGGUGAUCGCAACCAAGUGUCACACACUAGAGCCGCGCUCAUCCAGAGCGCAGGAAACCAUCGUUCACAUCAAGAGGGACCCGCUCGAAUCCGAAAAGCUAGUCCUCGAAGUUUCCGCCGGCUCCGUGCGCGACAACAUCAGCGCAUUCGAGAAACGGAGUGCCGGCAGCAGCACAACCCCGAGGCCCACGAAGCACGCUGGGUCCAAGGACCACCAUCACCACCUGCACGAAGAGCCGGAGAACAGUUCCAGCGGUGUGUCGUCGGACGUUGAGGUGGACAGACAGGAGCUCCGGUCGUACGAUCAGGCGGCCCUGUCCAAGCGACUCAGCGCCUACUACCUCCAGCGACGGCAGUCCGCCGAGAACCUGGUUCCCGUGUCGACGACCGCCCCAACCGCUGCGCCUGUGGUUUCGAACCUCGACUCGCACCUGAACCAGAGGAACAUGCACGGACGGCAGCAACAAAUGGUACCGCCGGUCUCUUCACCAGCAGCGUCCAUGGCGGCGGCAGUAUCUUCUCUAGCGGCCAGCAACCAGGCCGCCCGGAGAACACAAGCUGCCGACAACAAAGCCGUCCUAGGCGGCAUUCCCAAAAAGACGCUCAAGAUCAGGCUGGACCAGAAGGUUCACGCGACGAGAAGGGCAGAAGGAGCGCCGCGUGGGACUGACGCCGCCGCAGACGGCUCGAGCCUCAAACGCAGCAUCGACGAGAGCCUGGACUUCAUCAGGUUGCAAAUCGACUCGCUGGGUCUCUCGUCCGUCAACGAGGCGGACAUGCUUACCGAACUGGUCCCUCCGCCACCUGAGUUCUCGCACGGAGUGCGGCCUCAACAGGCCGAGCCCAUCGCGCCACCGCCGCCCGAGUUUUCCGACGAGUACCACCGCCGCUUCGACCAUCACCAGCCGGCGCCGCCGCACCACCACCAGCCGCAGCAGCUACCGCAGCACCAGCCGCAGUCGCAGCAGCUGGCUCGUCACCAGGCCGCGCUGUACCACCAGCUGAACCAGUCGCAACAGCAGCAGCACCUGCCGGCAGCGUACUGCCGCUACAACGGCUCUCCACAGCACCACCACGCGGCCACGCUGCGGCCCACAAGUUCAGCACACCACCAGCCGCGGCCCACGGUGCACGACGUCUACCGUUCCGGAUACGGGACGCUGGGCAGGCGGACCGAUCCUCAGGUACUCGUUGUCCCCAUCGAGCGACAGGCGGGGGACUUGGCCCGUUUGAAGUCGGUCCAGCGGGAAUUCAGGCAGAAGCCCUUGGUCGAGUGGAGUGCCCGGGACGUGAGCGAUUGGCUGGAGUCCCUGUUCCUCCAGGAAUACAGGCCGCGAUUUGUUGAAGCUGGCAUCACCGGAGUGAAGCUGGCCAACAUGGACUCCAACGACUUCAUGGGACUGGGGGUGAAGCAGGUUGGCCACAGGGUCAACAUGGAGCGCUCGCUCAGGCGCUACAUGAAGUAGGCAUUCCUUCGUACCUGCCGACACAAUUAGCUUGCCGGGAUGGCAUGUAGUUCGAUAGUGUCAGGGUUUGAGCCAUUCGGUUUGUCGCUGGCUACGUCUUGGGUGUGAUGCGAAGUACACGGAUUAGAGAACAAGUGGGUGCGGCGUAGAGGGCACUGGUUUCGAUAAUCAGCUUAAUUCCUGGCUCCGCGAGGUGUGACCUCAAGAUAGUUAAAACGAGCAGGGCCAGAUGGAGGUGCGCUGCUUAUUUUUCUUUUUCGUGGUGUGGUCAUUCCCGUACUAUUGAACGCAUUGGUGUGAAACCAAGCGAUAUAAUUACAAAGACACUAUCAGGCAGCGGUGUUGCAUCAACGCCACUACACAUGGUACCACCACAUUGGCAUCGAAUCCCUGUACUUCGCUACCAUUCUGUAAUUGGAGUUCGUUGUUUUUUUAGCCCGCUCUUCGCCAACGUCGCCACGCAGGUAUGUCACUUAUAGCGCUUCAAACGCUAUAAUCUGCAGCGUGUAUGCGGAGUGUGGGCCUGCUUGGCGACCGUAACCUCUCAGCGGGGCUUGCACGCGCCGUAUUAGGCUUACCUCUUUUACGGCUUUUAAAAGCGAUCCAGGCCAAUGACGCGACGCAAGCGACUAAUUUAUUUCGCCCUAAAUGCUUCUACAGUUGAUUACAAUACAAAGCGGAACUGCUGCGAUACUGCACUACUGAUUGCGCAGUGCUUUUUUUAGGGCGGUGUUGUGAGCGCCUUGCCAUUUUAAUUCGGUGACGACUGAAGACAAAGUUGAACACUCGCCUUUGUUCCUAUUUAUAUUGCGGUCAACUGGAUGCGAGGUAGCAGUAGGUAUACUUGCUGCCGGUGCCGUAGUUUUGUAAAUAUAAUGUAGGUUUCGUCAUAAUAUCUGCUUCUGUCAGGCGCUGCCUGAUGACUUCGUUUCGCUUUCCUGUAAAUUGAGUUUUCGAGUGAUGUGCAAUCUGUUCCACAAUUUUAUCUUGUCGGAGUAAUUUAUCUCUAAUAUAUUACCUUGCUUGUUCCUGUAUAACAGAGUGUGAUAUAGUGUCCAAACGUGUUGCCAUGUCGUACGCAUGUGGUGAUAGUUGCAACGAUGUCAACGUAAUGAGUACAAUCGACCAGGCUUUCGUUUUGUUGUUACGUAAAAAGAAAUGCGUUGUAGUGAACCUGAAAUGCCAAAAAUAUGUGCCCUUUUUCUUAGUUUCCUUGCUCGCAUUGCAUCGUUUAACCCAGAGUGCUGAAGAGCACCUCUCUUAGAUUGUGCCAUCUAUGCUGUGGUCUAUACUUCCUGCCUAAAGUUUCGCCUGUGGCUUUAAACACGCAGUUUUACUCAGGCUGUACCUACGGUCUAAUGAUCUGGGCGUUCCCUUUGACAUAGUUUCAGCAAAUUGUGUACAAGAAAUUUGCAGGCUGAUCUGUUCAUAGUUUUCUUGACCGAAAAGCCAACCUUUCUAUACAACUUCUUCAGAUAAGAGCCUACAAUACUGCCUGGAGCGACUAUAGCCAUGUCAAGCUGCUCAUGAUGUCCCUUCACAUACAGUAGCCAGCUGACUUUUUGAAUGCAAUGUGUGUCACUCUGGCUACCUUUAAAGACAUCCCUCAAAAUGAAGUAGUCAGGAGCCUACAUUUGACUUCAACUUUCGAUGAAAAGAUAAGCUCUCCAAUGGCUCACAGCUUAUGUGUACUGUAGUUUGCUUUAUGAAAUGAAACAUCGAAAUUUGCAUUGAAGAGGCGCCAAUGAUUUCAUCUGUGGCAGACGUGAAAGUGUUCUACGAGGUUUAAUGCGAAGCGAGAGAAGUACCCACUCUAAAUAGAAGCUAUAUAUUGGAAUUCUAAAUAAGCGGUAAUUGUUGCUUGUACUAUAAUUAGAUGUUCGCAUUACAUUGAUUUCAAAAUUAUUUAGGCCUGCGGAGUGAUUAAACUCAAGACUUCACAGAGGACAUCAAAAUCAUUAAGUGUUAUUUUUCCUAAUAUGGACACACUAAUCGUUCAGCUAUGGCAACUGUUUAAAGAUCCUCAAGUUCUUGGAAGCUUCCGGUAACUUCUGUCUCAUACCAAUUUUGUCACCUUCAACAGUUUUCAUCACGCAUGUGCGGUCAUUUCUACAAUGAAGUUGAACAGGCCACCGAAACCAUUGAACAAGCAUAAUCAACAUUUCUUGACCCCGCACUCUUCACGAAAACACACGACUUGUCAUUCCUAGCCUACCUAGCACCUGUUCUGCAUUGCUUUCUUACUGUUGGAAACAAAAUGCUUGGGCAGCUAGGCGCGAUGCAUGCUUUUGCAGAACCUCCUCGAGUACCGGUCCACACACACAGUUCGCUGGUAACGCUCGACAUUCCAGACGAGCUUGCUGGAAUACAAUGCUCAAUUCGCCAAAGACGCAAGGCUGGAUUCUCACAAGAACUUAUGACGAACAGGUUACGUUAGGUUCGUGGGGCUCUUGGAAGAAGUCAAAGGGCCCGUCUGUGAAAGCAGACAGUCCAGCUCGUUGAACUGCAAGAAAUAUACACUAGGCGGCGCUGAAAGCAGAGCGGUUGCUGCAGAAGACAAAAAAAAAAAGAAUGCGAGAACAGAUUGAGCGGAAGUAAGCAUAAGGAAAAAGGAACGAAGUGGCGGAGACAAAGCUUCGAACGUAAAACGAGAUAUGAAGUUGUGUUCGGAACUUUGGUUGUUUCGUCACUGCCUAGUGUUCACCUGAGCGCUAAAUUUCUGUCGGGCAAUUUCUGUUUCCCCACAGACAUACGCCAAAUCGCGAUAGUCGACUUGGAUAGGCAUUGAUUGUUUGUGUUUCUUUUUUCCGUGCUUUCACAUUUUGAAUGCACAAUUCGGGCCAAUUUAAUUUGAAUUGUUAAUUCAGAGCGACUCGUACCGAGUUCACUUACGAAGCACGUGAACUUGGAUCGAAUUGAUCAAAUAAACCUGUAUUCACACUCUCUUUAAUAGCAGAGCAUGAAGAAAAAAAAAAGCCCUGGCAAAUCUCUUUUCGUCAAUUCGUGCUUAUCCUACAUUUAGAAUCACAUUUGGAGUUCUCGUAUGUCCUGAUGCAGUAAUCACUGUCUGCUUGCAGUGCGAUUAUUCCAUAACGGUGGAGAAUAUACCGGCAAAAUAAGAGUCACGUAUGGGACAAACUGAUACGGGAGUUGAAAGCACUAACUUUGCUGUUUGAGCGUGAGCAGCAUGCUCCAAUUCGACUAGCAGAAGAGAAUGCCCACGAGGUUGCAGAAUCAGCGCAUAAGUUUUUUUCGAAUCGAAAGCCCGUCGUCUCUGGCUCACAUUUGCAAAGUAGAGGAGUCUAUACGUCAUACAUUGCCAGAACCGUUUCCUGAAUGCGUGAAUGAAAGGUAUCGCUUUCCGUGUCGCCUAUUACCGACACAGAUGAAUGCGUGAGAAAACUUUCUUUACCGAGACCUUGUCGUUUCUCGAAUGAGUGUUGGUGGCGGGUAGCUUUCCAGCCGCGACGGCGUAAAACUACGUCGACACUGUGUUAAAAGCGAUAACGUGUAUUUAUUCUGCUCUGAAUUAGGAUGUUCAAUGAGAGCCUGCAGUUUCUGCAUUCACAAAGCACCCCAGUUUUUUAUCUGAGAAGGGGGGGGGGGAGGGAACACGCACUUCUGUAUGGCUUUGUUUUCAGUUUGGGAUUUAUGCGGCGAUCGCACUGUAUCGUGCUCUGACGUCGUUCUGCAUCAAAAUCUGUUUAGUACUUGUUCGAUCUACUUUUCCUAGCGAUAUAUUUCUGCGUUCUCUCGUGCUAUACAUUAGCCAUAAUUCUUUUGUUUCGUUUAUUCACCGACAUACUUUACCUCUUCAAUAGCAGGUGGUCUUGGAAAACACAAUUUUCGGUGCGUCAUUUACGCCACCUUGUUGGUUGACGGCUUAUUGUACCACUUGGCAAUAUGCAGGAUGUACCAUUGAAACACAGCUGUAGCUGUUACAACAUUUUAGAGAAAAUACGAUGUGGAGAAGACCAGACGACAAUACUAACCUACAGUAUUUGCUGCUUGAAACAUUUCCGGUAGUUGGAUGGCUAGGUGAUACACUGUGUGCAACAAUCUACAUUGCGAAACAUUAAACAUACCAUUUAUUAUUAUUUUAGUAAGCAAUUAUGGAGGAUCUGAGAUGAGUUCUAGAAUUGUGUCAGUACGACGGCCGCGGGUACCUAACACACCCACACCCAGUUAACUUAUACUCUAGAAGAUUGUCAUCUUUUGAUGCAUUCACACUUUGCGUAUCAAGGGACGGAUGGUGUGUGCAAUGAAAUUUUCUUUGUGUUUAAAACAGGGAACUGUCCUUUUGCUUCACGCCUGUUUUGAGGGCAUGAGGCAAAUGCGAGAAUACAUUUGAAUAGUGGUAAAGAAAUAGUCAGGUACAUGCUGUAUUAGUUCCUUAAUUUGAAAAGCGUUAUUGCAAAGUUUAGGGGCUACAACACACUUGGUCAUGAAGCGAGUUACAUCGAGGGGCAUGGUCUGAUCCUGGCUUGAGUACAUGUCACGCUGGCUUUGGCAAUGUCUACGAGGUAAGGUGACGAUCACGCAGCUACAUGUUUCAGGUCUCAAAGUGUGUGAUAGUUCAAGUCUUGCCCCAACUCCUUCAACGUUACGUUCUUUGAAGAAGUUUAAUGUGACCUCAUGUAUAGAAAUGUCAUGUCUGGAGGAUGACUUGCUUAAUGUGUUGUGUCGUACUCCCUUGUAAUUUACCUUUAUGUUAUGUUUAUAUCGGCAGGUACCAGUUAUUGUCUUCUACUGUCGCUAUUUAAAUGAACUUCCUAAGUACUUUAGGCACACAAAUUCUGCUGCGUUAGAGAAAAAAAAGAGCUGUCGUGCUUGUUGCAACGGGAAAGCGUGUAGAACAACGCAGUUCUAAGUACUACCCUUGCCUGUACAUAUGAACGCUGAGUAUUUGACGAGAGUGUUGCCAUGUAUCGAAGUCUCGCGAAUUCAUUUGCGGUGGCAUUGUACAUAUAUAUAUCUUAUUCAGUGCGUGAAUGUGUAUAUGGAAUAUGUAUGCGCAUAUUACAACAUAAAGUCGAUUUAAAAUAUUA